AUGAGCGUAUUCUCGCUGGCUCUUAGGACUCUCGAGGAGCGGGCCUCUGAGGACAGCCGCAGCUGGCAGGAGCAGUUUGCGGCGCUCGGCGGUGCCCCUUCGGACAGCGUCAAGCCACCCUGCCUCGGCGCCCCCGCGCCCCCGCCCGCCGCCGCACCCGCCCCGUGCAGCUGCUGCUGCGGCCCCGCCGACGACCUGGACAAGUCGUUCGUCGUCGACCCGACGCUGUCCGCGACCAACGCAUGCGGAUAUGCAGUCUUCCAGGGCCUGCCCUCGCCCUCGGACUUUUGGGCGGCGGUCGUCGCUGCGCGCUGCAGCGCGGUCGUCGUGCUCGGCCAUGACGACCGCCAUGUGAGGGCCUUCUUCAAGUCGUCCGACCCCGAGCAGACCAGCAUCGCCCUCCCCAACGGCCGCACGCUCAGGAGCGUCCACCGCGUGCCGUUUCCCGCAGAGGGGCUGGUGGUGCGCCAGCUGGAGGUCGCCGGGCCCAGCGGCGAGGGCGAGCUCUG